AUGAAGCUUAACUUGAUCGCUAUCUCUCUUUUCGCUGGCGCUGCCCUGUCCAAAACUAUAAGACAGGACGAGACCUGCAGUGACCUCACCAAGCUUACUGGCGACCUGGACAACACCUGCCAGUACCUACAUGACCAGCAGGCACUUGUCGCCGAGUCACACGGAUUGAUUGAGGCAUACACGCAGCGACGCAGUGCCCCCCUUACCGUGGGCGAGGCAGCCGCCAUCGCACUCGGGUGUUAUCGCCAUUUCGAAGUGCUCUUCGACGAUAUCUUUGCACUGGCUGACGGGCGUGUGUCCGAGUCAGUAGUUUCGGAAGUCACCCAUCAAAGGGAACAAUUGCAGAACCAGAUCACUAAGCUUAAACAAGUCUCGUCGGAUGACGAGAAGUCCAGCCAGCCCGCAGAUAUUGCGGAAUUGGCACAGCUAAUCGAGCUGAUGGCCGAAAAGGCAGAUGAGGCCAGGAAUAAGCACAAGAGCAGUGGCAUAUUGAAUCAAUGUUCGACUAGUGAUACAGUUGUCAAACGGCAGUUGUUGGGUUUGACCUCAGCUAUACAAGCACUCACUAACCUUCUCCAAGGGGGUGUAAGUGCCAGCCCUUGA